UGUAAACAAUUUUCAAUCAUUCUUCAUUCGGUAAAUUAGAACAUCUCAAUCUAUCAAAGAAUCAUCCCGAUAAGUUCAUGCUAUCCAUCAGUUGGAAACUGCUUUCGCAAGAGUGCAACUUUAUGUUUAGUGACUUACCAACUUCGACAAUACCUCGGACCUCUAUCCACGACGUCAUCGUUCCUCGUGUUUGUUUGUUUGUUCGUAAGCGUCAUUGUUUUACAGUGUUAAACACAGACAGCAGCACGAGAGACAAACCACACUGUCAGCGCGCCUCUCAGCCGGUUUAGGUACGCUUCCGGCGGAAGGGGACACACUUUGACACACGACGCAGAAAGCCUGCGUACUCUCUGUUCGUCUUGACACGUCACGGAGCACGAACGCGCCUGCUGUGUGCUCACUCUCCCGCCGGAGUACACACGACAGAGGAGGAGUGCAUUACUAAGCAGUGCCGUGCUUGGCUGCCGGACAAAGCUUCGGCCAUUAGUACAUGCGUGACUGUGGCAGCGGACGCGUAGUUCGUCCGUCGUAAGCGAGCAGCAGUCCGUACGGAGAGCGGUCGAUUUUUCCGAUGCAAGCGCGCUAUGCCAGUGCGAAAAUCGUGAACGCAUUCGUGGUGGGAAGAAGAUUGACUAUUCAUUUGCAAACCGAGAGCGACUACGUCAACGUGCACACGCCGACGGUUCGCUAGUGUUGUAGCGGUUGCUUUCGGUAGGUACGUGUGAUAAGUCACUUUCCGUAGAUAAGCAAAGGGAAUCGCGUUUAUAUAGUGCAAGUGUAAAGUGAAGCAAUGUGUUGUUAUGUUUGUGGAUGAAAGUAUUGUUUAACGCCAUCGGUGACGCUGUGGCAAGUUUCGAGAGAAGAGAGAAAAAAGAUACACACUCAGCAUCAAAAACACAACUCAUUAGCCCAUCGAAAACGGACCUUUCGGGUAAUCGAUCCAGCGACGAUUAUCCUGUCUGUACGGCAAUGUUUAUUGCAGUCAAGUUCCCGCACUGAGGCCAGCAAAGAUGCUACCGGGUAUAACCAACCAGCACGCGGAGCUAAUUGCAGCACUACCAGCGACUGCGAGUACCAACCCGUACCGUCACUUCUCCUUUCCCAGGACCAUCCCAACUUCCACGCCUAUGCUCCUGGCACGCCGUACAAGCCGUCCAAGCGUUCCGGAACAAUGCUACUCGGUUUAAUCCCCGAGCACUCUGUCUCUUGCUGUCGUCGGUUGCGUCGUCAUCGCUGCAUCAUAGCAUCCGGGUACGGACAUUAUGUUAGAUUGCAACCGUGCACGACGCUCGACUAGCUUCGGUGUGAACGUGCUUAACUGUGUUACACGUAAGAACACAUCCCCUGGCAGCUUCUCUUUCGACGCUCAAUCUCUUCUCGGGUGCUGCACCUGAAGAACGAAUGGCGGCAAGCUCAAUGUGUGACAUUGUUCCUAGUGACUUUAAAUGCUGAUAUCGAGAGAUACUAUCACUAUCUUAAUGUUGGCUGGCGUUGAACUAUAAAAGUGCACGAAAGAAGAGACACAGGUGAAGCUUACUUGCCGUACGCGACACUAUACACGACUAGGACAUCCGGUUCCGGCACCGACUACCUCUGCGGCCACAGUCUGAAAGUACUGGUUCAGUGGCAAUCUAGGACAGCCGAGUGGACAACAUUAUAUGAUGAGAGGUCGACGAAUACCAAUCGCAUUACCGAACACUGGCGCACUGUCCCGUAGAAGACACACGCUGUACAUUCGUUCUGCCAUAAUUGUAUUCAUCCUGUUCGCGUUCCUGCAGUUUCAUGUGAUAAACUAUGACUCCUCCGAUAGUGGAUCCAGCGACAGUACCAACUAUUCCACGGCAGCGAUCCUGCAGAUGGUGCCGCCGGUAUUUCAUAAAUAUUUGACCGGAAAACCUCGCAACUCCACGCACGGUCAAAAUGGUACACACUUUGGAGGCGAGGGGACCCGGACGGCCAACAUUAGCGACAUCCUGCGCAUGAUACACCGCUAUAAUGACCUGCAGACUGUUCUCAACGAGGACAUCUACGGUCCAUUACAAAAUGAUUCUGUGAUAAUAGUAGUGCAGGUACACAAAAGAAUAACAUACUUACGGCACUUAAUUGUAAGCUUGGCCCAAGCGAGAGACAUUUCGCGCACUUUGCUUGUUUUCUCACACGAUCACUACGACGAUGAUAUCAACGAUCUGGUACAGAGUAUAGACUUUUGUAAAGUAAUGCAGAUUUUCUAUCCUUUCUCGAUACAAACGCACCCGAACGAGUUCCCCGGUGCUGACCCCGGCGACUGCCCGAGGGAUAUUAAAAAAGAACAGGCACUGCUGCGGAAGUGCAACAAUGCACUCCAUCCCGACCUGUACGGUCACUACCGAGAGGCAAAGUUCACACAAACCAAACACCACUGGUGGUGGAAGGCAAACCGUGUGUUUGACCAGCUGGAAGUCACCAAGUACCAUACGGGUAUGGUCGUGUUUCUAGAGGAGGAUCACUACGUCGCCGAGGACUUUCUGUACAUCCUCGAGCUUAUGUUCCGGAAAUCUCAGGACCUGUGUCCGAAGUGCAACAUCCUAUCGCUAGGCACAUAUCUGAAAACUUUCAACUACUACACGUACAACAAGAAGCGUGCACAGCCCUAUCUAAACGGCUGGUAUCCGAGAAAGGUAGCAAAAGUGGGAACUGCAUGGGAUGAGCAGCAGACGCUUGCAUCGCACGGUAUCAAUACCGAUCGCGAAUCGUCUGACGGCUCCUUUUCGAGCACGUUCAGUGUGCCCAGCAGAAGUCAGUUGAAGGACGCCGAACGUCGAAUUCGGGCGACGGUUGAUGUCAGUGCGUUGCUUGAUCAAAAUCAGCACCCUCCGUCGGAUUCGAGGCGACCGAUUGCCGGGACAUUAAAUCUAAUGCGUCGCUCACCACCCGAUCUACCCGCUUGGUUCGAUCGGCCACAUGUCACACGCACCGACAGCGCCCGCUUUGCAAACAAUGAACGUAACGGUUUUCUGAAUCAUCCUUCCAAUUCACGACCCAACAAUCCCUGGCAACAACGGCGACCGCUGCAGCAUCAACAACAGCAGAAGCUACUCCAGCAGCAGCGCCAGUUGCAGCAGCAGCAGCAGUUGAUGCUCCAGAAACAGCGACAACAGCAGCAACAGCAACAGGAGCAACAGUCCCAACAGCAAUCCCUUCAGACGCAGGUCACCACGGAAAAGUAUGCGUCACAGUCGCAGUGGGGCUACCAGGUGCUACCGACCCUGUACUCGAUCUAUCAGAAGGUUGAGGUAACACCGUGGAUAAGCAGCAAGCACAACAUGGGCAUGGCGUUUAACCGUACCACCUGGUACGAUAUAGUUCGGUGCGCGCGUCAUUUUUGUGAGUACGACGACUACAACUGGGAUUGGUCGUUGCAGCACGUCUCGCAGCAAUGUCUCAAACAGAAGCUACACGUCAUGGUGGUGAAAGGACCGCGAGUUUUCCACAUCGGCGAAUGCGGCGUACAUCACAAAAAGAGUAACUGUGAGUCGAACCAGGUGAUCUCGAAGGUGCAGCAGGUCCUGAAGGUAGCCCGUGGCUCCCAGCAACUGUUUCCCCGUUCGAUAUCGCUCACCCAGACGAGCGUCAUUAAGAAGACGAAGCUGCGCAAAGGUAACGGAGGAUGGGGCGAUCAGCGAGAUCAUCAGCUGUGCUUCAACAUGACUCUCGUUGGACGGUAAUGUUGCGGAAGGCCAGAAAACCCGCUUCCGUACCCUUACUGUACGAAUAACACGCACAUUCCUUGCUGUCCGUGGGGCACUACUAGACGAAAAACAGAAUCGUAACACUACAACGACCGCCUACAGAAUCGAAUCGUUUGGCAAGGGUAGUCUAGCUCUUACUUUGUAUGUAAGUAGAGUAAAAUAGCAGCCCCAAGAAGUCCCCGGCAUCCUUAGCGGAAGAUAGAAAGUGCUGACAGCGGAGGCAGUCCGACAUACGCUCUGCCGGCUGCGAACAGACGAGACCAAAGUUAUGUUUUAGUUGAAUGUACGGUUUUAGAGUAUUAUUAUUUAAACUAGCCAAUUGUUCAAAUUGUUCUUCUUUUUUGUUGCGUACCCAGUAAGUCAUAGGACUCGGCGCGUGUGCGGUAGAGUGGUUAAUUUUAUCGAACGUUACCUAAACCAAAAUGUACCACUGGCGCCAACAGAAAGUAGUGUUAAGUGUAGGAUUAGUUUGUAUGUAAGUGAAAAAGACAGAACCUAAGACUUGGCCAAUGGCCAGUGAAGCUCCUAAGCGCGAAUAUUAACGGGAUGCUACUAUUUGAUAGGCGUUUUAUUUUAUUUUGUUUCGUUUUUAUUUAUUCAAGCAUUAUACGUUCACGUUGAAGCAUCUUUAAGUUCAUCGUUUGUGUUAAGAAGUAGGUGCAAGCAGCAAUGACUGUUGCACGGUCUCAGAAAGCUCGAAUGUCUGCAUGCAUCUCAAACCAAUCGACGCUGCUCUAGUCCCGGAUGUUUGAACUUUAUUUUUCCUUACCAUUUUCUUUAAGAUAUAUUUGGCCACAAAACAAAAAUAGCAAAUUGUUACGAGACAUCUGUAAAUCAUUUAUGUUUUAGUGGGUAACAGAAACAGUAAACUCUACACAACAGAAAACUCAAUUGUUAUGGUUACUGUACACCUAACGUUUGCAAGGUCAUGUUACGUGCUAGUAUAUUCCAAUUGUCCCUCUUUUUGCGGUAGUGCGUAAGUGUAAUGUUAGGUGUAAUGGAAACGAAUACAAUAAACAUUAAGUGGACGGCACAGGCACUCAAAAUAAAGCGAAUGUAAAUAGAGCUUGCGGGGUCUAUGUAUUU